UUCCAUCUCAAAAGCAAAACAAACCAAAAUUUUUGAAGGGAAAAAAAAAAAAACCCAUAAGCAAAAUUGCGAAAGAGCUGAUACCCAUCACUUGAAAUGGCGAAAGAAGGUCUGGGGCUCGAGAUUACGGAGCUGCGACUGGGUCUGCCGGGAGCAAACCCUAGCUCAACGGAGAAGAACGAGAAGAAGAGGGCCUUUUCGGAAAUAAGCGGCAAGAAGGAGGCGGUCGGCUGGCCGCCGGUGUGUUCGUACCGGAGGAAAAACAGUUUCAAUAUCGGGGCCGGCGCCGCCGAGACGGCGAAAAUAUUGUACGUGAAAGUUAGCAUGGAUGGGGCACCUUUCCUUAGGAAAAUCGAUUUGGGCAAUCACAAAGGGUAUGAUGAUCUUGCAUUGGCUCUUGAGAAGCUCUUCCAGUUUUAUGGCAUCGGUGAGGCAUUGAAGGACCAAGACAACUCCGAGUUCUUUCCUAUCUAUGAAGACAAAGAUGGAGACUGGAUGCUUGUUGGUGAUGUUCCUUGGGAGAUGUUUACAGAAUCAUGCAAGAGGCUGAGGAUCAAGAAGAGAUCGGAAGCAAAGACAGAUGACCUUAAAAAUUUGCUUGUGGGAAUGGACAACAACUAGACAGGACUUGAUCUCUCUCUCUCUCUCUCUCUCUCUCUCUCUCUCUCUCUCUCUCUCUCUCUCUCUCUCUCUCUCUCUCUCUCUCUCUCUGGCUUUUUAUGCUUACUUCAAUUAAUCUUGAUGUUUAAUGUUUUAUUUUAAGUUAGAUUUUUGGUGCUUAAUUGCGUGAUUUGUGACGGUGAUAUUAGGUGCAUGGGAUGGAACCCUAUAUUAUAGCUAUUUGUGUGGCAUAUGGUCAAUUACAGCAUGUGUUUGACGUAACAAUUUAUUCAUAAUUAUUUGUUUGUGGUGGUUUGUUAUAAAUAAAAUGGGUUAAUAAUUAAGCCCGUCAAUA